AUGUCCCUGCGCAUAGAGACCAUGCGCGACCUCCUACCAGCUGCGGCAUCGCUCGCCUCAUGGAAGACGCUUGCUUUACUUCUAGCCGUGAUAAACCUGAAGAGUCUCCCUUUCGUCUGGCAUUUCCGUCUGUUGUACUACUGCCUCGGAAACCUGCGCCUUAAACCCACUGCGCCUUUCUUCCCAAAGGGUAAAGCCAUUGUGGACGCGCAGGGCAGGCCCACUCACCCGGUCUUCGUGCCCUGCACCGUCACAUCGCGCACCCCAUUGCUGGAAACCGACUACAACCUGCACAAGAGCAACAGCACCUACUUCACCGACCUCGACAUCUCCCGUACCGCGCUCGUCACCCGCAUCUACAGCCCCGGUGUCGGGCUCGUCAGCAAGGAACUCGACAAGGAGCUCAAUGCCGCCGCCCAGCGCGAGGGCAAGCGUGCACCAAAGCGCAGAGUUGUAUCCAUUGUGCUAGGCUCGGUGUACUGCAGCUUCAAGCGCGAGAUCAAGCCCUUCGAGCUGUACGAGAUGCACUCCAAGGUCAUCUCCUGGGAUAAGAAAUGGAUGUACAUCCUCACCUGCUUCAUGCGUCCCGCAAAACGUGCCGGCGGCGAGAAGACACUUCUCGCGACAGCACUGAGUAAGUACGUCGUGAAAAAGGGCCGGCUGACCGUAUCACCGGAGCGGAUUCUGCGCGCAAGUGGGUUCUUACCAGCGCCGCCAGCAAGUAAUACCAAGACCGUCGCGGAUUCAUCUGCUGAGGGCUCAGCGAUUGGAACCCCCGCUAGCGGUGAGGGAAUCGCCGAUACAGCGGCGGGUGUGGAUGGGUCACUGGUGAGAGAGGUGCUGAAGCUGGGAGAGGAGCAGAUUCCCGGUCGGGAGCAGCUCGAGGAGCAGCAGAAAGCGAAUGAGGACUUGUGGAGCUCGGAGGAGUGGACUUGGGAGCGGAUUGAGCAGGAGAGGUUGCGUGGGCUUGGUGUUGUCAAUGGGUUUACGGAUUUGGAUACGAAAUUGCAUGAGGAGUGGCUGUGA